GUCCAUCACCCCAACGCCCCCUCUGAUACAACCAAUGCCACCGGCCCUUCCUCCUGGGCCGCCGCAGACACGCAGACACCGAACGAGCCAGGCACACUGACAGCCGCGCCCGAAUCCAUUGCUCGACCCGGCCGACACCAUAUCUGUCCCAUCCGCCCCUCUUGUUGAUGAGCUCGGCCAACCGGCGAAUGAAGCGAUCGGCCUCCCUCCCAUAGACGCCGUCACACGUCACGGCAGCCGCUUACCGACCGUUCCUGUCGUUGUGCAGUAAAAGCCCUUGCUUUUGUUGGGGCGAAUGCUUUUGAGCAGCCGCAGGGGCGGGGUGGAGCAGUCUGGGCCAAGGCUGAGCUCCAUAGCUCGAGGGUCCGACGUCUUGGCCGGUGCAGGGAUCCAAUGGGGCGGCGGCUUGACGAUCUUCCCGUCUGCGUCGACACGCGCACACCUGCCGAUGCCCACGCCGCUCACAUCGGGCCCCCCCAUCGCGCUGUCCCCAUCGCGAAUGCUAACGCGCUUGACUAUACACGUCUCGCCCUUGGGGCAAUCGAAAUGGCGGUGGUAGGAAUAGCCGUUGUAGUAGUGCUUCUCGUACUCGAUGCUCGCCUCCGAUCGGUAAUGUACGAAGGAGAGGACGCACAUCUUUGGCCCCGGCUGGAACGACGCGCGGCCGAGGGAAUCUGUGGCAGACAGACACAACAAAAGAUAUGGCAUUGCAUGCAGACAGAGCAAUAUAUGGCCUCUGGCCUUCUGCAUGCACGGCAGGGUGUCGGUUGCCCGUUCGUACCGCUCAGGGCGCCACUCUGUGACUGCAUGGGGAUCCUGUUGGCAUCGGCCAGAUCCUGCUGCAAUGCCGCUGCUGCCGCAACAAAACACAAAAUCAUAUAUCAGGCCCGUUUCCCAUGCAAUGUGCCCAUAUCACCGUCGCAUUGGUGGGUGGCGCAGGAGAGAAGGAGCAGCAAGAGAACGAGGGGAGGCGCUAUCGGAGCUUUCUUCGUCUCCC